AUUUAUCAUAAUUAACCAACCAUGUAAGACCUCGAACUAUUUAUUGAUACUUUUAUAUCUUACAACUACAGACACUGUCAGUCAAUUGGUUAGUUAAUCACGAUGUCAGUACUCAAAUGUAUUGUGCUCCUAAAUUGGGCAGCCAUGGCUUAUGCUGUGAACUACAAUGAGGCAUCGAUCAGAGAAGUGACUGACAAUGUAAUGGUUCACGGUGAAGGACCAUUUUGGGAUCUCGAAAAUAACGUCCUGUAUUUUGUUGACAUUUCUGAACACCGAGUAUAUAGAUUUUAUCAAAACCGUUUGGAGCACGUUAAGUUUGAUGAAGACGUAAGUUUUGUAAUUCCUGUUGCUGGUCAACAAGGCCUAUUUGUCAUCGGAUUAGGUACCACGCUUUCUAGCCUUCGGUGGAAUCUCAACGAAAAUACUCAUAAAGUCACCGGAUUGGUUACAGUAGACCACAAUAAACCCGGUAACCGAUGGAACGAUGCUAAAGCGGACAAUAACGGCUAUUUGUGGGCUGGUACAAUGGGAUUCGAAGACGCUGCCGGAAAUAUCCCGCCGAAUCGUGGAACUUUGUAUAAACUUAACGACACCGGUUGUUUCCAAAACCUUGAUCCCAUCUUACCUGGAGUUUCCGUUUCCAACGGACUUGCUUGGAAUGAAAAUGGUACUAGGAUGUACUACAUAGAUUCGCCGACCAAACAAAUAGUGCUUUUCGACUACGAUCCCUCUACGGCUUCUAUUUCAAACCGCAGAACAUUUUAUGACUUCAAGACUGACAAUAUACCAGGUGUCCCGGACGGAAUGACAAUAGACGCUAAUGAUAAUCUUUGGAUCGCUAAUUACGACGGCGCUCAGGUACUGCAUGUCAGUGGUUCCAGUGCCAAGUUAUUGGGUAAGCUGAAGAUCAUGGCAGAAAAAGUUUCUUCAGUUACGUUUGGUGGUCCCAAAUUGGAUAAGCUAUACGUGACAACAAUUAGUCGCGGAGUAACACCUGAAAAAUUCAACGAAUAUCCAAUGUCAGGAAAAGUUCUAGAAGUAUCAGGUCUUGGCGUUGUGGGGAAGCCGAAUCGUCGAAUUCGUGGAAAAUGUUUUCGACUCUUAUAAAAAUUUGAUUAUUAAAUAUCUGUUGUAUUUUUAUAGUGAAAUGAUCUUUUAACUAAACUUGGAACUAACUUAACUGCUGUUAAAUUUAUGGAAUACUAUACUAAUAAAUAUAUUACAUUAUUCCAAUGAACA